AUGAUAAACGCCAAACAUGCACCACAGGAGCAUAUGUUGCAUACUGCAGAAACCAGUAAUAUAGUUUCAAAAAAAGAACAAGCAACCCAUGUGAUAUGUAAUAUUGAUAAAGACGAAACUGUACAAUAUGGUCAUCGCUAUGGCAGCCAACAGAAGGCCCUGAUGUUGACGCUGUAUAAAACGAUGGGAAAGCGCGCGUAUUCUUAUUUACGUCAAAUUUUUUCACAUAUGCCAUCUAUUCAAACGUUGCAUUUAGCGCUUCAGAAAAUACCAGUCUCCGCAGGUUUGAACACUUUUAUUUUGAGACACUUGGAAUCUAUAGCUCCAAAGAUGUCAGUGAAAAAUAAAGUGUGCAUUCUUAUGUGGGACGAGGUAUCUAUUCAACUCAAGAUCACAUAUGAUAACCGUAAGGAUAUCAUAUGUGGACUUGAGGAUUGGGGCAAUAAUCGCACCGGAAAGAUGGCUGAUCACGUUUUGGUAUUUAUGCUUCACGGAUUAUACACGGGCUGGAAGAUGCCCAUUUCUUAUAAUUUUUGUUGCAAACAAACAAAUACAGCGCAAUUAGUACGUUGUAUUAAAGAACAUGUUUCCAAAAUUAACGAUCUAGGCUUUCACAUCGUUGCAACAGUUUGUGACCAGGGAUCUUCGAACAUGGCUGCAAUAAAGGAACUGCUACUGCGUACGGACAUGAAACGCAAGUCUUCUGAAAGAACUCAGAGUCAAACGUUUGAAGUGGGGCAAUAUGUAAUUGUUCCCUUAUAUGACGGACCACAUCUCAUCAAAGGCGUGAGGAAUAACUUAUUAACAAAGGACUUAGCGAUGAGCUGCGAGAAUGGCGUAUCAGCGAAAAUUGCAUCGUGGGACAUAAUUAAGACUGCGUGGAUUAUGGACAGAGAAACACACAAAAUUCGACCGCAAUUAAAAAAAAUUAAAUGUGAGCACAUUAUGGAGGAUAAAAUUAAGAAAAUGCGUGUGAAAUAUGCCGUUCAAGUGUUAAGUGGUACAAUGGCAAGCUGCAUUGAAACAUUGGCCACAUCAAAUUGUGUUGUUCGCCACGAAGACAAGGACUUAAAAAUAGAGGAAAACGAAGGACUUGCCACCGCGGAAAGUGUUAACUUUUUCAACGAUUUAUUUGACAGUGUGAAUGGAAGUGAUAAAGAGUGUGUUGAAGACAAUGACCUGCGACAAGCGGUGAGUGAAACAAGUGUUCAUCAUGUUUUCUGGAUCGGGAAGGCAUGCCUUCAGGUCGGAGGAGGAGGGGAUGAGACUGGAGGAAAGAUGUGACGUCCUUAGCCUAGCGCCGGACAGGUAGCAUCUGAGAAGAAUAUUUAGGAGAAUGAAUGAUGGACACUACUCCAACCUCCAACUCAGGAAGCCAUGCUUUUUAUACGGAAGGCAUGCCCUGAGGACGAGAGGCGAAGUAUUGCUCUUCGGCGGAGAGAGUUGUCCUUGAAUGGAUUGUAUGAUUUUAUGUAUGUAUAGAUGUAU